AUGGACCGCUACCGGGGGUACGUUCAUCUUCUCCGCAGUCCCGGCGAUCGCCUGCGCCUCGAGACAGACAACAUCGAGAACGAGACCUCCAUCCAGACGUGGAAUAUUUUGGCGAAGGUGAAAGCUACAGGCCCGGUGGCUCAGGAGGCGACAAUUCGUACAGACCUCCAAAUCGUGAUCGGGAGCGUGACCGCGAUCGCUUCAUUGCAGACACCUGGACGGCUGACAGAAGAGAGGCGCGGCGGGAUGAACGAAGAGAAGACAUUGAUUCCUACGUCCCAGCGACGAGUACACGAGCAGCUAGACCGCGCAGUCGAUCCCCAGCCUUUCGCCGACGUUCACGCACACCACCAAAUAGAAGAGAAGAUUUAUUCGCAAACAGACGAUCACCCCCUCGCCGUUACUCCCCUCGAAGAUCGCCACCGAGAAGGAGAUCUAGGUCACCACCUGGUGGGAGAACUCGUAGUCCACCGGACUCGAAGAGAUACAGAGAUUUCUCCCCCGAUCCUGGUCGACGCUCUCCGAAACGCGAACGACGAUUUUCCCCCGAACGAAGCCGAUUUGAUCGCGAUCGAUCACCUAUCAGAGGUUCACCAAGAGGUGAGAGUUACAGACCUAGGUCAAGAACCCCCCCACGUCGGAGGCAACCUGACAACUGGGUCGUCUCCCCCUAUUCAUCCAGACCGAGCAAGCUUGGCGGGCUCUCAGCCGAGAUCACCAGCACAUCCUACUCGAGAUCAUUACGACAAUGCCGACUCGGCAAGCUUUCGAGGCAGAUCACCUGCUGCUCGUUCAGUCGCCGAUGGAGAUCAACGGUCUCGAGAAACCGAUGUGAGUACGCCGCGGGACGAGGUGCAACUGAAUGGCGAGAUCCGACAACCACCCUCUGGUCCCAGCAGUUAUCGAAACGGUACCUACGAGCGACCACCACCCACGGGUCCAUCACGCAGUUUCAGUCAACCGAUCCAGUCCCCACCUACCGGUCCUGCAGCAUCAAUGUCCAUGUCAGCCCACAAUCGUGGCGGAGGCGCCUCUACACUCAAUGCCCCCACCAGACCUCGUGGUGCCAUCGGUAGAUUCGACGGUCCACCAUCUCGAGAUUUCUCGGGUCCUCCAAUGCGUGGUCGGGGUGGCUUACCAUUCAGAGGCCCAGCUCCCUACGGACCAAGAGGAGGAGGUUACGGGCGCGGAGGCGACUUUGGCACAAGCAACCGCGGUGAUUAUGGUGGAGGGGGCACUUACCGCGGCGGGUUUGGACGAGGCGGCCCUGCUGGAGGCGAGUCCACAUUCCCGUUCCGCGGCAACAGCAGCACCAGCAUGACAUACCCUCGUACACAGCGCUUCAAUACCGUUCAACAACACCUCGCAACUAACGAGAAGAUCGUGACGGGGGGCAAACUGCUUCCCACAGGCGUACCUCCUGACCAGGAGAAGCGCAUCAAGAUGCUCGAAGCAGAAGCCGAACGAAUGCGGACUGAGAUCUCCGAGAAGCAAAAACUUAAGCGCGAAGUGCUGAAUGAGUGGGAUGUAAGGGAAAGAGAGAGUGAGAGGGAGGCGCUGCGUAGUGACCUCGCAGAACAGCAUUUGCAGCAACUGAUGGAAGGGGAAGAUGGGAUUGGAAGAGCAGCGUUCUAA